UGCGAUCACGACGAUUGUGUUUUGGAAAUACAAAGGCCGAGAGCUCGCUGGUUCGCAGUGGGAUUGUCAGUUGGGUUCUCGUUGGCAGUCGCUAUUCGCAAUGCGAACGUGAACUCUCGAGCUCCGCCGAACUUACCCAUUCGUGUGCACCAAGUCUGAGUGUCAAUCGGCGAAUUUGCUUCAGAAGCGACUCUUAGCAAACCUACACCAACCCUCUAGUCCGCCGAGGACACAGUAAGUCGACAUGUCGGACGACCUCGGCAAGCAGCAGCGCUACUCGGACGCGCUGAUCAGUGCGGCCGAGUUCAUAAAAGACCGGCUGUAUUUUGUCACCUUGGGCACCACCGUGCACCCGAGAUCAACGACGAAAACGCACUAUUUUUCCAUCGACGAUGAGUUUGAGUACGAGAACUUCUACCAAGACUUCGGUCCGCUCAACUUGGCCAUGCUCUACCGCUACUGCAUGAAGUUGAAAAAGAAACUCAAGGCUCCCUCUUUGGCGAAGAAGAAAAUAGUGCACUACACGACCACCAACCCCAAGAAGCGGGUGAACGCCGCGUACCUAAUUGGAUCCUACGCAGUGAUGUAUCUGCACUUCACGCCGGCGCAGGCUGCAAAGCUGCUGUCAGGUCCGAACACGCACGCCUUUGCAAAUUUCAGAGAUGCAUCAUACGGCACGUCAAAUUACCACAUCUCGCUAGACGACUGUCUGCACGCAAUCCACAAGGCGUACGUGCGCAGAAAAUUGUUCGACUUUGAAGACUUCAAUGUCGAGGAGUACGAGCAUUUCGAGAGAGUGGAGAGCGGCGAUUUGAACUGGAUUGUGCCUGAAAAGUUCCUUGCUUUUUGCGGACCUCAUCCUAGAAGUGAAAUUGACAAUGGGUACCCCCUCCACUCGCCAGAGUCGUACUUUGAGUAUUUCAAGGCGCGGAACGUUUCGACCGUGAUUCGGCUGAACAAGAAGCUGUACGACAAGGCGCGUUUUGUGGCCGGCGGCUUCCAGCACGUGGACCUCUUUUUCGUGGACGGAAGCACGCCAAGCGACAUCAUCAUGGAGCACUUCCUCAGCGUCUGCGAGUCGGCUCCUGGCGCCGUCGCCGUGCACUGCAAAGCUGGCUUAGGAAGAACAGGUUCAUUGAUUGGUUGCUAUCUGAUGAAACACUACGAGUUCACUGCUCUUGAGGCCAUCGCCUGGAUCCGAAUUUGCAGGCCUGGUUCCAUUAUUGGUCAUCAGCAGCUGUGGCUCCAACAAAAGCAGACAGAGAUGUGGUACUCGAGAAGAAACGCAAUCCCGACCGUCGUCUACCCAAUCUACAGCAUGCGUCAGGAGAAGGUGCUGAAAUUUCUCAAGAAUAAACUUCAGCUCAACCGCAGCGUUGCUUUCGAGUCUGACGUCCUGUCUCCGGACAACGUGUCGAAGAUUCUGCAAAAGGUGGACUCGAUGAAGCUGGACGACAGCAGGGAGGAGGACGAGAACAAGAACGGAAUCAAGGAUGAUCUCAAUGACGAGGAUGAGGCGAAUCAAAACAUAAUUGACGACGAUCUCAUCCAGCUAAAGGCCUCGGACCUGAGGCAGGAGAGAAUGACCCAGGGCGACAAACUGAAUCAGAUCAAGGCGCUUCGGAGGCAGCCAAGACCUGUGCGGUCUGUCACUGUUCACCCCCUUGCAGAUGUGGAUGCGGAGAGGAAACCAAACACUCGCGCCCGAUCUCAACAGCCACUGAGGCCAGGGUUGGUGCAGCAGCCGAUGGUUGCGUCCCCUCUGAAGCCCUCGCUGGCGGCCAGAAAGGUUUCCGAGCGACUGGCGCGCACAGCCACCACCGCAACCAAGAACAGGCCAAUGACUCGACUCAGGAGUAGACCUGCCACCACGACCCCGUCGUGCUCCUCCACCCUGUCAGGGUUGAACAAGUCGUGCAACAACAAUGGCCCCCUUGAAAGGCCGACGGUUCGGACGACGGUUCGUCAAACAACCGUGGCGAGAUGACCGAGUCAACGUCUACCGGUGAUUGCGGCGCCGCCUCCGCCGCCUCCAGUCGUCACCAAGGAGGCCAAAGAGGCGACCAACUCCCGGCUGGCCGUGACCAACAAACGCUGCCUCAGCGCCAGCAGGGAGAAUCAAAACUCGAAGACAAUGUGUCGUCCGUCGAGCAGCCCCCAAAACAGGCCGCCCACGCGCCUGCCCAGACUGGUGGCUGACCCUCGGAAGGUCACCAACAUUAACAACUAUGUCAACACCAGGCCACCUGCCCAGAGUAGCAAGUUGCCUGGUGUUAGAAAGAGGAAGCCGGCUAAUGAAUAGGAAAUGAUUUUUAUGCAUUUUUUUCGUUUUUCACAAAAACAAACUGUGUUAUUUUUUGCAAUAACUUUUUGAUUUUACACUCUUCGUUUUCUUCUAUACCUUUUUUGUGUUUAAAA